GAGACCUUGGACCGCAUUGGCCAGGAUUUCUCCAAGGGAAUCAUGGGCCCCACCACCGUCAUGUUCGUAGCACGAGGCGUCGACUCCUUCCAAGCUGAAAGGGGUGCGAUUUACCUGCCGGAGGUGUGGAAGAGCAUGAAUUUCAUGCUCAAGUUCAUCGAGAAAGAGUUGCUUGACGGAGGACGGCUUGGCUCCAUUGCUUCGCCCGUGUACCUCAGCAGUCAUGCCCACUCACCCAUCGAAGUGCCGGCGAAUUCCGCCAAAAGUGCGGACGAGACGCAGGUCAGUCUGACCACGAUGGUCCAGGUCCAGGAGCUGAAAUAUAUCCUCGACCAGAUGCUGAAUGCCGAAAGAACCGCAUCCUUAGCCAUGAUCACGCCGGACUUGAGAAUGACAUCCCCAGAAGCCAUCGAUUGGACAAG